CAGAAAGUCGCACUUCCACCUGGACGAGUGUCUCCCAACGAUGUACUCUCUAUUCCGCGACGGACCCGAAUAUAUCAAGCGCAAGAACACGCCUUUCAGACCCUCCGACGUAACGCUCUCCGAGCUGCAUUCUGUGGUUCCCAAGCACCUUUAUAGGAAAAGUACCGCUAAAGGGCUGGCCUACGUCACUCGCGACGUCCUAUGUGCUGUGGCUGUCUAUAAACUGGGAUGGAGAAUCGAGCCUUUGGUUCAGCACUGUAUACACCACUUCCAGAUCUCACCACUCUCGGCGUGGGCUCUCAACUGGACUCUCUGGGGCCUGUACUGGUAUCUUCAGGGAGUGAUUCUGGCGGGGUGGUGGUGCUUGGCCCAUGAAGCCGGACACGGCACACUUUCGCCUCAGGGCUGGGUGAAUCACCUGGUUGGAUUUUCCCUCCACACUUUUAUCCUAGUGCCCUAUUAUGCCUGGAGGUCAACGCAUCAUGCUCACCACAAGGCGACCAUGUCCAUCGAAAGGGACGAGAACUACGUCCCUCGAACUCGUUCCGACUACCGUUUGCCGGCAGAGAAGAUAGCGCUUGUCUCCGACUACCAUGAAGUCUUUGAAGAGACCCCCAUCUAUACUCUUUGUCGUAUGCUCUUCAUGCAACUUCUCGGUUGGCAAUACUAUCUUCUCACGAACAUCAUGGGAAACCCAAAAUAUCCUCCUGGAACUAACCACUUCCAACCGUCGUCGCCCCUGUUCAAGCCACAUGAGCGCAAUGGCAUUAUCGCCUCGAACCUCGGACUUGGAUUCAUGUCGCUUCUACUCUGGCGAUGGGGCAAUACCGUCGGCUCCGGCUACUUCGUGAAGCUUUAUCUCGUCCCUUACUUGCUCGCUAAUCAUUGGAUCGUGAUGCUCACCUACCUCCAUCACUCAGACCCAACUAUCCCGCACUACAGAAAGAACGAGUGGACAUUCCUCCGUGGGGCAAUUUCCACCGUGGACCGCCCUCUCUUGGGAUGGUUCGGUCGAUUCUUCCUCCACAACGUCUCUCAUGACCAUGUCGCGCAUCACCUGUUUUCAACAAUCCCGUUCUAUAAUCAGCCACAAGUCACUGAAGCCAUCAAGAAAGUGCUGAAGGAUGAUUACAACUUUGAUUCUACGAACACUUUCCGGGCUCUCUAUCGUACAUUCACGCAGUGCUGCUUUAUCGAGGACGAUGGCGACGUCGUUUUCUACAAGAACAGAGACGGGGUGGCCAUCCGUGUUCUGGCACAGAAGGAUUCCGACGGGAAGGGUAAAGAAACAGGCAAGGAAGAGAACUCGGAGAAGGUUGAAUGGAACCCAUUGCACAUGUAG